CCCGGGCCCGGCGAGCCCUUCCCGCCGACGCCGGGCGCCGAGGGCUAUCAGCCCGCGGACGGCUACGCGGUCCCAGACCCGCGCGCAGGACUCUACCCGGGGCCGCGCGAGGACUAUGCGCUGCCCGCCGGGCUGGAGGUGUCGGGGAAGCUGAGAGUCGCGCUCAACAACCACCUGUUGUGGUCCAAGUUCAACCAGCACCAGACGGAGAUGAUCAUCACCAAGCAGGGACGGCGGAUGUUCCCAUUCCUGUCAUUUACUGUGGCUGGGUUGGAGCCCACCAGUCAUUACCGGAUGUUUGUGGACGUGGUCUUGGUGGACCAGCACCACUGGCGGUACCAGAGCGGCAAGUGGGUGCAGUGUGGAAAGGCCGAGGGCAGCAUGCCAGGAAACCGCCUGUACGUGCACCCAGAUUCCCCCAACACUGGAGCCCACUGGAUGCGCCAGGAAGUUUCAUUUGGGAAACUAAAGCUCACGAACAACAAAGGGGCCUCCAACAAUGCGACUCAGAUGAUUGUGCUCCAGUCCCUCCAUAAGUACCAGCCCCGGCUGCACAUUGUCGAGGUGAAUGAUGGGGAGCCAGAGGCGGCCUGUGAUGCUUCCAACACGCAUAUCUUCACUUUCCAAGAAACCCAGUUUAUUGCCGUCACCGCCUACCAGAAUGCCGAGAUUACUCAGCUGAAAAUUGAUAAUAACCCUUUUGCCAAAGGAUUCCGGGAGAACUUUGAGUCCAUGUAUACAUCUGUUGACACCAGUGUCCCCUCCCCGCCUGGACCCAACUGUCAAUUGCUUGGGGGAGACCACUACUCUUCGCUCCUACCCAACCAGUAUCCCGUUCCCAGCCGUUUCUACCCCGACCUUCCUGGCCAGGCCAAGGAUGUGGUUCCCCAGCCUUACUGGCUGGGGGCCCCCCGGGACCACAGCUACGAGACCGAAUUUCGAGCAGUCAGCAUGAAGCCUGCAUUCUUGCCCUCGGCCCCUGGGCCCACCAUGUCCUACUACAGAGGCCAGGAGGUCCUGGCACCUGCAGCUGGCUGGCCUGUGGCCCCCCAGUACCCUCCCAAGAUGGGACCAGCCAGCUGGUUCCGCCCCAUGCGGACUCUGCCCAUGGAACCUGGUCCUGGUGCUUCAGAGGGGCGAGGGCUAGAGGACCAGGGCUUCACCUCGCUGUGGACUGAGAUCACCCCCAUCCGGCCAGAGUCGGGCGAUUCAGGACUGGGCGAAGGAGACUCUAAGAAGAGACGUGUGUCCCCCUAUCCUUCCAGUGGCGACAGCUCCUCCCCUGCUGGGGCCCCCUCUCCUUUUGAUAAGGAAACUGAAGGCCAGUUUUAUAACUAUUUUCCUAAUUAAGCAAAUGACUCGGUGAAAGGAACAGAAAGAGUGUUAUAGGUUGGAGGACACCAACUAACAUAGGCCACAGACUCAGGACUGAGUGGCCCCCAACUCCCUCUGAUCCUUCACCUUUUGUAGUUGGUAUGGAAAGAGGGGGGUCAAAAAGGAUUCUGGGGUUCAUUGGCUGCUUCUUGGACCGUGGU